AUGCCGGAAGACGCUUCCAACGUUGCAGCGUGGCACAGGCCUACAGCGUCAAGCGGAGGGGUGCAGCCCACUCUCGCGCCAGCUACAUCAGCAGCAGCAGCAGAAAACUCAGGAGUACCUGAGGUAGCUGCAGCAGAGUCGGGGGAUUCAUCAUCAUCGGCAGCUGCAGCAGAGUCGGGGGAUUCAUCAUCAUCGGCAGCUGCAGCAGAGUCGGGGGUAUCGACAGCAGCAGCAUCCGAGGCGAGAACGUCCGGAGCAGCUAGACCUUCAGGACGACUCGACGCAGCAGCUGCUCUGUCAACAACAGCAUCCGCAGUGGAAACUGCUUAUCCACCUCGACCGCCUGCUGACGGCUGCCUCGUGGUGAUAGUGGACUUGAACCCCACAAUCUGGAGGCAUCCUUCCACGCUCAACACAUUCCUUGCCAAGACGCAGCCCAUACAUCCCGACCUCGAGCACCGUCUGCAGCAGCUGCAACACGAGGCCUCUCAGCAUCAACAGCACCAACAACAGCAACGCGAGAACGAUGAACAACAUAACAGCACUGCCGCUCUCGUGCGCUAUCUCGAGUUCAUCUCCGGAUCUGUUUCUCGUUUUGCCCGGGCUGCUGCUUUAGUGAGCCCACAAAGUCGGUUGGCUAUAGUCGGAAUGAAUGGAAGCACAUCAAAGCUUCUUUACGAGGCAGGGCCACCCAAUUGGAUUCUGGUGCAGUCGGGGGUUGAAAACAGCGGAGUUGAUUUGCAGGAGGCAGCAGCUGAGACGACGGCUGCAGUUAUGGGUGCCGCUGUAGGACAGCAACAGCGCCGCAAGCCGAGGGAGGGCGAGUCGCUGUUGGUGGGGGCCUUGUCGAUUGCACUCUGCUAUAUAAAUCGAUGGCGCGGGGGGGGGCCUGGGGCUGAAAGCCGCAUGCUGCUGCUUGACGCUUCGCGGCGUGGCUGCUACGCUGCGCAAUUCAUACCCCUCCUCAAUAUUGCUUUCGCUGCAUGCAAGCAGGGCGUUGCAAUCGACUGUUGCGCGUUGCUUCCCGAUAGUUCGAGUAUCCCGGAGCAGCUCUGCGACGUUGCUCGAGGCCGCUGUUCAAGAUUCUCUUGUUGUUUUUCCCAGGGACUGUCGGGACCGGCCAAAGGCCCCAACAUUUACUGCUCAGAGACCUUGGAUAAUGGCAAGGACCGGAUUUCCUGCGAUGUCUGCAAAUCCCGGUUCGCUAAGGGUUUGCUGAAGACUAAGUUGGCUGCAACCGUUGACGUUUCGAAGUACUAG